AUGAGAAUCCAUUACCUUCUCUUUGUGUUGCUCUUCUUGUUCUUGAUGCCUGUUCCAGGUAAUGGAGUAUUCAUCAGUGCAUUACAAAAAUAUUAUUGCAAAAUAAGAGGUGGCAGGUGUGCAGUGAUUGGCUGCCUUCCAAAGGAGGAACAGAUAGGCCACUGCUCAUCGACUGGCAGAAAAUGCUGCCGAAAAAAGAAAUAA